AUGGAUGAUAUAGAUUUCACUUCUUUAACUGAACAGAUCACGUCCACCACGGGUAUAGUGCAUCAUCAAACGAAGCUAGAUGUAUUUAUAAUAAGAUCAUACAAGUUGGUAUCACCUUCUUCAGUUAUUCAUAGUAAUACGCUGCAGAGCGUGAUUAGUUCGCCUCAGACUUCAAAUACUACCCCAGUAUCUACUUCAACAUCUACUAGUUUAGCUAGUGGUACUGCUUCAAAUUCAUUACAACCAAGUGAAAUGAACCAGAGCAACAGUGGCAACACUCCUAUGACAAAUCCGCAUAUACAAAAUGGUCAAAUAUUCGGUAAGAUUUCUAAGCUUUAUAACGCUAUCAUGUCGAUUGGAUCAAUAGAUGAUAGAUCUACUUCACCAAAAUCGCCAAUGGAACUGUAUCAAAGAUUUAAGCAGAUUAUAAAAGAAUUGGAAUUGAGCUACGAGGUUAGUCCGUAUACCCAAUAUUUUACAAGGUUGGAUGAUGGUAUUUGGCAAAUAAAAGAAGAUUCAGAGUUGAUCAAUGAUCAGCUCUGGCAAUCUGUUUCCGUCGCUAUAUUCUCAGUAUAUGAUCCUAGAACAGGUCAAUUAAUAAAUCAAGGUCGUGGGAAAAAAAAUUCAGUAAAUAAUACAAGAGACCUUCAAAUGGGAAAUGAAACUAAACCAAUGGAUUUGAAUGCAAAUAAUGGUAACUCGGGUAAUAUUCAAAAUAAUAACAAUAACAUGGGAAAUGAUAAAAUUAAUGAUAGUAACAAUGAUAAUAUAAGCAAUACAUCUAACAACGGUGGGAAUAGCAUUAAUAUUGGUGGUACUAAUACAAAUAAUGACCUAGGUAAUAAUAACAAUAAUGUUAAUAAUAAUAGUAGUAACAGUGGUAGCAAUGUCAACCAUAAUAACAGUAACAAUAAUAACAAUACCACUAACAACGGCAAUAACAGUAAUAAUAAUAGUAAUAAUGCCAAUAACGAUAAUAAUGGAGAUGGAAGUCCAAGUAAUAACACAGUUAACAACACCAAUAGUACUUUUACGAAUAACGGAUUGAACCCAACUAUCAGUAGCAUGUUAAUGGAUGCUUCAUUGCCCCAACAGCUACAAAAAAGGUUACAAUCUAUCUCACAAGAAGUUAAUUCACGUUCAUUAAAUGGUUAUUACACACAACCAACUUCACCGGGAUAUUCUGGGUUCUCCUUCAAUCAAACAGAGACUGAUCCAAAUGCACAAAUUAAUUACAACGAUCCAGGUACAAAUAAUCUAAGUAUAUGGAAAAGAAAGUCUCUAAGUUCAUUAGAUGUUGAUACUCUUGAUGAUGUAGCGGUUGAAGAAUUAUUGCAAUUAACUAAUACAAAUAAAAAGCAAAGAAUUAAUCAGUUAGAUUCUAAUUCAGGAAUUAACAAUAACGAUAUGAAUUCUACAAAUUCAGGUGGUGUUGAUGAAGUAAGUUUCCCCGAUAAUUCUGCUACGAAUACGGUAACAAACCCUGUAAAUACUCAAAAUAAUCUCCCUCCAGUAAAGCAAACAAAAACAAAGACAAGGACAAGAAAUGCAAGAAGUAAUACCACAGGUACCCGUAGAGGUAAGAAUAAUAAAGCUACCAUAGCGGAUACUAAACCUAAUGAAAGUAUGCUUGAAAUGAGUAUUAUGAAUGAUGCAAAUGCAAUGAUGAAUUCUGAAAUAAUAACAAAGCAACUAAAAGGAACUUAUGACGCUUUAAUUCUCGAGAAAGAUCAAAGAAUUAUUCAACUAGAGAGAGAAUUGGAAUUACAAAGACAAGAAACUCAGUGGCUUAGAAAAAUGUUAAUCGAAGAUAUGGGAUGCAUAAGAAGUUUAUUGACAGAUUUAAGAAGGUAA